GGAAAUGUUCCCUCCCACUCUUUGACUUUUUCUUGAUCUCUCACAUUUUUUCUCUUUCUCUUAACUCACAAAUUCUCAGAGCGUAUCACUGUUCCACCUUUCAGCCUGCAGGACCUCACUUCCAGAGAUUGGAGAAGCUGCUAUGACUCAGAGUAACGGUGAGACUCAGCGUCCUGGAGGACGGAUUCAGCAGAUCAGAGAGAGAAUGACCGAGAGAUCGAUCCGAGCACGGAAGGCCGUGCAGAACCUCGGCGCUAAAGACGUACGAUCCUGCCUCAGGAAAAACGCCUUCGUCCUCCUCACCAUCGCCGCGGUCAUCAUCGGUAUUGUUCUGGGGUUUGGAUUGCGUCCCUAUAAGCUGUCGUAUCGGCAGGUGAAGUACUUCUCGUUUCCCGGAGAGCUGCUGAUGCGCAUGCUGCAGAUGUUAGUGCUCCCCCUGCUGGUGUCCAGUCUAAUUACAGGCAUGGCUGCGCUGGACAGUCGUGCGUCAGGCAGGAUGGGUGUGCGAGCUGUGAUCUACUACACCACCACCACCAUCAUCGCAGUCUUCAUCGGCAUCGUCAUGGUCGUUAUCAUCCAGCCAGGAAGGGGAGGAGCCAAACCACAGUCACUCUUACAGGAGAAACUAGAGGAGGUGAAUGCUGCUGACGCCUUCCUCGACUUAAUCAGAAACAUGUUUCCUCCAAACCUAGUGCAGGCCUGUACACAACAGUUUAAGACGCAGACGGGGAAGCGGACAGUGACGGUCAGGGUGUCGGUGAACAGCACAGUGAACUCCUCCAGUGUGGAUGAGGAGUUGAGUUAUGAGGAGGACAUCCCGGUACUCGGCACAGUGAGCAGCAUUAACGCACUCGGCCUGGUCGUCUUCUCCAUGAGCUUCGGCCUCAUCAUAGGCAGCAUGAAGGAGCAGGGCCGGCCCCUUAGGGACUUUUUUGACUGUCUCAAUGAGGCCAUCAUGAGGCUCGUGGCCAUCAUCAUGUGGUAUGCUCCUGUGGGGAUCCUCUUCCUGAUUGCUGGGAAAAUCCUGGAGAUGGAGGACCUAUCAGCAAUGGGCGGCGCUUUAGGCCUCUACACAAUCACUGUCAUCGUAGGUCUGCUUAUUCAUGCCACUAUUGUCUUACCCACCAUCUACUUCCUGGUCACACGCAAAAACCCCUUCGUCUUCAUUGGAGGUCUCCUACAGGCCCUCAUCACUGCACUGGGCACCUCCUCUAGCUCUGCCACUCUGCCCAUCACGUUUAAGUGUUUGGAGGAGAAUAACGGUGUGGAUAAACGUGUGACGCGCUUCGUGUUGCCAGUCGGAGCCACAAUAAACAUGGACGGUACGGCGCUGUACGAGGCGCUCGCUGCUAUCUUCAUCGCUCAGGUCAACAACAUGGACCUCAACUUCGGCCAGAUCCUCACUAUCAGUAUCACAUCCACGGCGGCGAGCAUCGGAGCAGCGGGCAUCCCCCAGGCCGGCCUGGUUACCAUGGUGAUAGUGCUCACCUCUGUAGGGCUGCCCACUGAUGACAUCACUCUCAUCAUCGCAGUGGAUUGGUUCCUAGAUCGUUUGAGGACCACUACGAAUGUUCUGGGUGACUCAAUCGGUGCAGGUGUGGUGGAGUUUUUGUCACGUCAUGAGCUUAAGUCGGCCGAUGCUGAACUCGGGAACUCUGUUCUGGAGGAGAAGGAGAGGAAGAAAGUGGCGUAUCAUCUCGUCUCUCAGGAGAACGAGUGCGAGAACGACAAAAUCCCCAACAAUGAGACCAAGAUGUAGCCGAACAUGCUAAAGACUCUGAAAGAAGCACAAGCCCUCACAGAGAGCACCAUGC